UAUAUCUUCGGGAAGUUUGGGAUUCUGUGUUCCACCAGAUGCUGCCUAAUAGAGCGCACAAGUCAAGGAGAGGCGGACACCCUGGAACCUUUGCCCCGGGCGCCAGACCGCCCCGGUUCGUUCUUUCUGGAUGCGGGACACCUCCAAGGUGAUCCUCUCUGGAAUCAUAGGAUUAACAACUUGGAAACGGCCUAUGAUACUGCUGGUGAACCUCUUUGUGCUGCUCUCUGUGGUGUGUGUCCUCUUAAAUCUAGCUGGAUUUAUUCUCGGCUGCCAAGGGGCCCAGUUUGUGUCCAGCGUGCCCCGGUGUGAUCUGGUGGACUUAGGCGAAGGCAAGAUUUGCUUCUGUUGUGAAGAAUUUCAACCAGCCAAAUGCACAGACAAAGAAAAUGCCUUGAAACUCUUCCCGGUUCAGCCUUGUAAUGCUGUUCACCUGCUACUCAAGAAAGUUCUUUUCGCCCUGUGUGCCUUGAACGCCCUGACCACCACCGUCUGCUUGGUGGCAGCUGCCCUUCGCUACCUCCAGAUAUUUGCAGCCCGGAGAUCCUGCAUCGAUGAGUCCCAGAUUUCUGUCGAAGAGGUGGAAGAACAUGGACGGAUCCCAGACCCCGAUGAUUUCGUGCCGCCAGUGCCCCCGCCUUCCUACUUCGCCACAUUUUACUCCUGCACACCCCGGAUGAACCGCAGGAUGGUCGGCCCUGAUGUUAUUCCACUCCCACAUAUCUACGGAGCGCGAAUCAAAGGUGUGGAAGUGUUCUGUCCUUUGGACCCCCCGCCUCCCUAUGAGGCUGUGGUGAGCCAGACGGACCAGGAGCAGGGAUCUUCAUUCCACAUGCCAGAAGGAUCAGAAGGUGCCAUGAGCCCCUUGGAGCCAAUCUGCAUGCCAGUGACUCAAGAAUCAGGUGGGGACAGUCCUAACACACCUGGAGAAGAAAGUGGAUCCGUGUCAGCGCCCGAUGCAAACCAGCUGCGUCCUGCGGGCAGCUGGAGAGCCCCGCCGCAGCUGAGGGCGAGAUCCAGGAGCGACCCUGUGCUCCAUCAUUCCGCAGAGAGAGCUGCCCCGGUGCUCAGCUGUGAAGCUGCCACGCAGACAGAGGGAAGACCGCAGCUGGCCACGGUGACCUUGAGGAGAGGUCUGAGAUGCAGAGCUUCGCGAUGCCGGCCUCGGUCCCUGAUAGAUUACAAGUCCUACAUGGACACCAAGCUGCUGGUGGCCAGGUUCCUGGAGCAGUCCUCCUGCAGUAUGACCCCGGACAUCCAUGAGCUCGUCGAGAACAUUAAAUCUGUUCUGAAGUCUGACGAGGAGCACAUGGAGGAGGCCAUCACGAGUGCCAGUUUCCUCGAACAGAUCAUGGCCCCGUUGCAGCCCAGCACUUCCAGGGCCCACGUGCCACCCUCCCGGAGACAGCCUGGACUCUUGCACCUGCAGAGCUGCGGGGACCUCAGCACCUUCGUCCCGGCGGGGAGGCCGAGAGCCCAGAGGAGGCCCCGCCGAGCAGAGGCCGAGCGGCCCCACAGCCUCAUCGGCGUCAUCCGGGAGACUGUCCUGUGAACCUGUGAGGCCAGGCCCCUGGGGGGGCAGGAAGGAAGAUGGACCCGGAAGGAGGAAUGAUCCCCCAACCACGGGGUCCCCUGGCUGGGAGUUGGCAUGCCCUCCGGGAACUCCUUAAAAGGGGGGGCAUGCUGGAGGACAUUUGUCCCCCCUCUCUGGCACCUCAUUCUGCUGACUGAGCGCAUUCAGGGGUGGACAGGCAGGUUCUUCCGGGCACUUUUGGCUUUUGGAUGCACAGAUCUGGAGGCCUCUGCCAGGUCACCUGGGCAGAAAGUGGGCUAGUGAAUCUUUGCCCACCUCACGCCCCGUGGCUCUCUUCCUCGCAGCGUGCCUCCCUCAGUGGAAGGACAGAUCUGCUGGGCCGCUCUUGAUAGCUCCCGCAGCCUUUCGCUGCUCCCUGGGAGAGCAGUGGGCACAGAGGCAGGACGAUUAACCCCCAUGUCUUCUGCACUUGUCAAGCUUCAUUUUAGGUCACCCUCAAAUCACAGUCUCUUUAGGAAAAACGGGGAACUCGUUCAGUGACAAAUCGUGACGAAAGACGUUUGGGAGAGGGUCUUGUUGAUUCCAUUUACUCGUGCUUGCGAAACUAGAGACGGCUAAGGCCUGGCGGAGAAUAAAAAUGAGUACUUUGGA